UGCGCGCGCAGUCGCCUGCAGACCCGGAAGUGGAUCGCGUGGACUGAGAGUCACAUCGCCGCGCCAUAUUUUUGACAUUCAGGAUUAACUUCUAAAGAGUCAUAUUACCCAAGGACAAAGCGCAGGAGAGGAACAGAGAGGAUUCAGGAAUGGCUCUUACUCAGAGGCCUUUGAUGUUCAGGGAUGUGGCCAUAGAAUUCUCUCAGGAGGAGUGGCAGUGCCUGGACCCUGCUCAGAGGGCUUUGUACACGGAUGUGAUGUUGGAGAACUAUAGGAACCUGGUCUCCCUGGGAAUCUCUCUUUGUCACCCGAGUGUUUUCUCCAUGUUGGAACAAGAGAAUGAGCCCUGGGCUCUGGAGAAUGAAGUGAAAACAGCAAGAAACCCAGAGGUUGGGGAAUGGAUGCGAGGUGCGAUCUCAGAGGCCUUUGACGUUCAGGGAUGUGGCCAUAGAAUUCUCUCAGGAGGAGUGGGAAUACCUGGACCCUGCUCAGAGGGCUUUAUACACGGAUGUGAUGUUAGAGAACUACAGGAACCUGGUCUCCCUGGAGUCUCGCUAUGUUGCCACUUGGUAGAGUGCCGAGGCGUCACAGCUCACAGCAACCUCAAACUCUUGGGCUUAAGCAGUUCUCUUGCCUUAGCCUCCCAAGUAGCUGGAACUACAGGAAUCUCUCUUUGUCACCCGAGUGUUUUCUCCAUGUUGGAACAAGAGAAUGAGCCCUGGACUCUGGAGAAUGAAGUGAAAACAGCAAGAAACCCAGAGGUUGGGGAAUGGAUGCGAGAUGCGAUCUCAGGUGAGAGAUCAGGUGGGCACAGCGGAAGCAGCACCGUUCCUCAGUGUGUGGGAAAGUCUGCAGGCAUCUCUUCUGUAUGUGUGAUAAGUGAAUGGCCACCUAAAGAGAACAGUAAUACAGGAGAAAUAUCCCCCACAGUGAUGUCGAAAAGGUACCAAAGCCAUGUCAUUGAAGACUUUUGCUUUAGGGAAAUCCAGAAGAAUAAACAUAACUUUGAGCAUCAAUGGAGAGAUGAUGAAAGACAUUCUAGUAGGGUCUAUACGACCCAUCAGGAAAAUCUAACUAGUAGGAGAGAUCAGCAUGAUAGGCAGGAUUCAGAAAACAAGUUUCUUAAUGAUCAGCUGGGACUGGACAUGCAGUCAUAUCCACCAGAACUGCAGCUAUUUAAGGCUGAAGAGAAAAGUUAUGAAUGUAAUCCCAUGGAGAAGUCUGUCAACAAUGAUUCCUUAAUUUCCCCACCCCACAGAAUUCCUUCUGUCAGCCCCCUACUUUCUUAUAAUACUGAUCUUAUGGAUUCAUUAUUCACACAAAGAGAGAAAGCACACAUAGGGACAGAACAUUACAAAUGUGUUGAAUGGGACAAGGCCUUGAAUCAAGGGUUACAUUUCACUAUUCAUCAAAUAAUACAUAAAAAAGAAAAACAAUUUAAAUGUGACAUAUGUGGUAAGGUCUUCAAUAAAAAAUCAAACCUUGGGAGUCAUCGGAGAAUCCAUGCUAGAGAGAAAUCUUACAAGUGUAAUGUAUGUUGCAAGGUCUUCAAUAACAUUUCACAUCUUGUACAACAUCAGAGAAUCCAUACUGGAGAGAAACCUUACAAAUGUAAUGAAUGUGGCAAGGUCUUCAAUCAGAUUUCACACCUUGCACGACAUCGGAGAAUUCACACUGGAGAGAAACCUUACAAAUGUAAUGAAUGUGGAAAGGUAUUCCAUCAAAUUUCACACCUUGCACGACACAGAACAAUUCACACUGGAGAGAAACCUUUUAAAUGUAAUGAAUGUGGCAAAAUGUUUAGUCGAAAUUCAUACCUUGUUCAACAUCUGAUAAUCCACACAGGAGAGAAACCACACAAAUGUAAUGAGUGUGGAAAGGUCUUUAAUCAUAUUUCACACCUUACACAACAUCAAAGAAUUCACACUGGAGAGAAACCUUACAAAUGUAAUGAAUGUGACAAGGUCUUCAGUCAUAAGUCAUCCCUAGCAAAUCAUUGGAGGAUUCAUACUGGAGAGAAACCUUUCAAAUGUAAUACAUGUGGCAAGGUCUUCAGUCGCAAUUCAUACCUUGCUAGACAUCUAGUAAUUCAUACUGGAAAGAAACCUUAUAAAUGUAAUGAAUGUGGCAAGCUGUUCAGUCAAAAUUCACACCUUGCAAAUCAUCAAAGAAUACAUACUGGAGAGAAACCUUAUAAGUGUAAUGAAUGUGGCAAAGUCUUUAGUCAAAAUUCAUAUCUCGUAUGCCAUCGGAGAAUUCAUACUGGGGAGAAACCUUGUAAAUGUAAUGAAUGUGGAAAGGUUUUCAGUCUAAACUCAUCCUUACACACCAUCGGAGAAUUCAUAUUGGAAAGAAACCUUGAAAAUGUAACAAGUGUGGCCAGACCUUUACUGUGCAUGCAAGCCUUACUGACCAUCAUCUCCAUACCAGCGAAGCCUUUUAAAUAUAAGGAACUUGGCAGGGUUUUCAUUGACAAUUGAUACUUUGAACAUCAGGGAUUUUAUGCUGGAGAGACAUCUUAUUAAUGUGACAAGGUAAUCUAUAUAAUUAAUGUAGGAAGGUAUUUUCUCAGAAUUAAAGACUUGGAGGGCAUUAAGUAAUUCACACUAGCAGGGAACUUUGCAAGUGUGAUCAAGACCAGUCUGGGCAACAUGAUAAGAUUCUGUUCCCAUAAAAAAAAAAAAAAUUAGCUGGAUGUGGUUGUGCAAGCCUUUAGUCCCAGCUCCUGGGAGGCUAUAUCAGGAGAUUCUCUUGAGUCUGGGAUUUGGAGGUUUCAAUGAACUAUGAUGAUACCACUUCAUUCCGUUCACUCUCUCAAAAAUUUAAAAAGAGGCUCGGUGCCUGUGGCUAAAGUGGCUAAGGCACCAGCCACAUACACCUGAGCUGGAGGGUUCAAAUCCAGCCUGGGUCCGCCAAACAACAAUGAUGGCUCCAACCAAAAGAAAAAAAAUAGCCAGGCAUUGUGGUGGGCGCCUGUAGUCCCAGCUAUUUGGGAGGCCGAGGCAGGAGACUUGCUUGAGCCAAGGAGUUGGAGGUUGCUGUGAGCUGUGAUGCCACAGCACUCUACCUAGGGCAACAGCUUGAGGCUCUGUCUAAAAAAAAAAAAAAAAUUU